AAAGUAAAUAAUUACAAAAUAGAAAUCUAGCUUCAAUUUCACAUGGACUUAGCCUCUUAGAAGUAGCUUGUGUAACAAUGCUUGUAUUUUUAUUAUAACAAAAUAAGUUACGAUGUUGACUUUAUGAUGACCAUUUCGUGUAUACUUUAAGUGAUAACUUUAGUUAAUUAUUAUUUAUUUCAAUAAAACUGUUGCAACUAUGUCGGGUAAAAAAUGUAAACAUUGCGGAUCAUCGGAGAUAGAAGUUGAUCCAGCUCGAGGAGAUGCUGUAUGCACCAACUGUGGUUCUGUAUUAGAAGAUAACAUAAUAGUAGCUGAUAUAGAGUUUCAAGAAACAUCUCACGGUGGUUCUUCUGUGAUUGGACAGUUUGUGUCUGCUGAUUCAAAAGGAGGUGCCUCUGGCUUCGGACGAGCAUUUAAUGUAGGCAUUGGUCAAGAGUCUCGGGAAAUCACAAUAAGGAAGGCAAGAGAUGGCAUCAAUGCCCUGUGUCAACAGCUUAGGUUAAAUCAACAGUGCAUAGAUAUUGCAUGCAACUUUUUUAAAAUGGCUCUUAGCAGGCAUCUUACUAUUGGAAGGCCAGCUGCACAAACACAAGCUGCAUGUGUGUAUAUGACUUGCAGAACAGAAGGCACUCCUCAUCUUUUGAUAGACAUAAGUGAUGCACUACAGAUAUGCUGUUAUCAGCUGGGUCGCGCUUACUUCAAGUUAUCUAGGGCCCUCUGCAUCAACAUUCCACCUACAGAUCCGUGUCUCUACAUAAUACGGUUCUCAUCUCAGCUGCAGUUCGAAGAGAAACAGCACGAGGUCAGCAUGACAGCGCUCCGUCUCGUGCAGCGGAUGAAGAGGGACUCCAUACACUCAGGACGGAGACCCUCAGGAAUAUGUGGCGCUGCACUUUUAAUAGCCGCGAGACUUCAUGAUUUCUCCCGGACGCCGGCAGACGUGGUCCGCAUCGUUAAAGUGCACGAGUCAACGCUUCGGAAGAGACUGAUGGAGUUCGGAGACACUCCGUCGAGCGCGCUGACGUUAGACGAGUUCAUGACGGUCGAUCUCGAAGAAGAACAGGAUCCGCCGGCUUUCAGGGCUGCCCGGAAAAAAGAUAAGGAGCGUCUUCAGAAGCUUUUGGAAGAGGAAGAUGGCGAAAAGGAGUUGACCGAGUUACAGAAAGAGAUAGAACUACAUUUAGAUAGUGAGACCAAAAUUAAACGGAGAAAAUAUUUUACACCUAAAAAAGGGCUUGAUUUUGAUGAGGAGUCGGCGGAGGCCACGCGUUUUGCGACAGAGGAGUCAAUCAACGUUAUAGGAAGCAUCGCAAUUGAAAAUGAACCGUGUUCUAACUUUACUGACCUUGAUAAGGAGAAGUUGGAGAAGGGACUAGGUCCGGAAAUUGCCGUGAUUGGCUUAGGUCCGAGCGAUGAUAAACCAGAUAUGUUCCUGAAACCGGAACUGAAGUGGCAACAAGUGAAAGAUCUCCACAAUCCUGACGAGCUCGUCAUGAGUGAUAAGGAUGAAGACUACAUCGACUCGUUGAUAAUGUCGGACGAUGAAACCAUACAAAAGUCGAAACUGUGGAAAAACGUCAAUGCGCACUAUUUGAAGGAGCAAAAGAUAAAAGACGAACUUCGCGCAAGAGAUCGUGACGAAGGAAAGGACAAGAAAAAAAAGGUUCGUGGAGCUUACAGGAAGAAGGUGAACUGUAACGCGGCGACCGCGGGAGAGGCCCUCGGGAAGAUGUUAGCGGAGAAGAAGAUCAGCGCCAAGAUCAACUACGAUAUACUGAAGAGUUUAGAUGAACCGGGGACUUCGGUGCCAGUUGACGUUAAAUCUAAGAUCGAGGAUAUUGCUGCGACACCAAUAAUAAGCACGCCGACGGAAGCAGUAUCGUAUUCGCCGGCACCAAAGAAACGAAAGAAGAAAGAAACGGCAAACCUAAACAUUGUUACAACCGACCCUGUUCCUCCAUCUCCGAGUCAAGCCCGAACAACCCCUGUUACACCAGCCACCCCCAGCCAAGAACCCGCAACCCCUAACCCACCAGCUACGCCAUCACAAAAAGAUGCAGAACUGGAAGAAGACGAGGAUGAUCUGGAUGCGGACGUGACGGAAGCAGAGAACGAGUUCUCGCUGGCGGCCAUGUUGCAGAACGAGCAGGAAGACGAUUACUACGGCUACGAGGAAUAUUAACAUUGACUGUGGACGCCAUUUUGAAUCAUGGACGUGACGUCACAUAGUCUGUUUACUAUUGUAAAGAUAGGAAAAGAAAUCUGUUCCUUUAAACGGAUUUGUAUAUAUUAUGGUAUUUAAUAAGUGGACAAGUGCGUAAUGCUAAUCCGGGUUAGUUUUUUUUUUGGGACAAGACGAGCAGGACGUUCAUCUGAUGGUAAUCGAUACACCCUACCCAUUUUAAUGCAGUGUCGCUCAGGAUUCUUGAAAAACCCAAAAAAUCCUAGCGGCACAACAAUAAUUGCGCUCGUCACCUUGGGACAUAAGAUUUUAAGUCUGAUUUGCCCAGUAAUUUCACUAGCUACGGCGUCCUUCAGGCCGAAACACAGUAAUGCUUACACAUUACUGCUUCACGGCAGAAAUAGGCGCCGAUGUGGUUAGUUAGUUUGAAAAUAAUAUUUCGCAGGAUUAGCAAAAUCUUGAUCAUGUUUCCUUUUCUAUGGCUUAUUCAGUCGUUGAGACUAGUCUUCAACUAGGAAGCUCUUUUACAACGUAAUUUCCCAGAUAUUUCAAGAGAAUAUGGCUGGCGGUAAUUUUUCUGUUUCAAUUAUGAAAAUUCAUAUACUUUGUUAAGUUUUUAAAGUGAUAACACUCACUUCUAGGAUUAAUACACAAAUAAAAUUUAAAAAACAAGAUUUUAUGAACAAUGCGGGACUCGAACCCACGACCUCUGGCGUUCCGUGCCGGUGCUCUAACCAACUGAGCCAACCGUUCGAGUAACUUAUCGUUAUACAAUCGUGUAUGUUUUGUUGAACUCUCAGGUUGUGGCUUGGAACGGCGGAGGUCGUGGGUUCGAGUGCCGCAUCGUUCAUAAUUUUUUUUUUUCUUAUUUUAUUUGUUCAUAUACUUACUUUGGCCAGGAUAACAGACUUUUUACAAAUCGCAUAUACUUACUGAUAAAGAAGGAAAACCCAAAUGAUUCUUAAUAUGAUUCAAAGUGUUAGAUAGUUCUUUAUUUUUUUAGUAAAAUCUCUCAACAAUCAAAGUACCUAUUGAAAAAGUAGGCGUUGUUUUGCGGAUAUCCAUAACUAUAAAAAUGUUUUGAGUUUUCUUGAGUGUUAAUUCCACCAAUGUUCGUCUUCAAACAAUACGACAGGUGUUUCGCUUCUUCACGAGGCGUCCUCAGGAGAUAUUGACUUGCCAAGCUCUGGCACGAGACUGACCAGGAAAACUCAAAACAUUUGGAUAAAAGUACCUAUUAGUAGAGAAACGCAACACCCACCUAUGAAUAGGUAUAUAAGUAUUGACAACAUGGGUGCCACGAACUAAGUGAUAUGGCUAUCCCUAUUAAUAUUAUAAAUAUAAGUUUUUUUGUUACUCUUUCACGCCUAAACCACUGAAACGAUUUUGAUGAAAUUUAGUACCGACAUAGACAAGAGCUUCGGAAAGGACAUAGGCUACCUUUAAUCCCGAAUAAAAGGCUUGGCGGGGUUGAAAUAGGGGGUGGAAAUUUCUAUGACAGAUGUAUGUCAUUAUUGAAGAUAACAUCAUGAAACUUUUAAAUAUUUGUUCUAGUUUAUAGAAUUUAGACCUGUGUGGGAUGAAAAAGGGGGAUGUAAGUUCUAUAGUUGGUAGUUAACAAAAACGUAUUCACUACAGCAGUAUUCAAUAAAAAAUGCUGCCCAAACCAAAACCUAGUAUAAUAUAAAAUAAUAUAUUGCUUUACUUUAGUGAAUCUUGCUUUUCUAUAUCUACUAGCUGCUGCGAGCAAUGCCGUCCGCUUGGACGCUGUAAAGCGGCAAAAAUACUACGCCUGUAUCUACCAUAAUAUAUAGCUUACAAUAUGUUGUCCCUACCUCUCCUUAACAAUUCAUGCAAAAUUUGAAUUGUAAUCUAUUGAAUAGUUUUUGCGUUUUGCUCGGACAAACAGACCAAAUUUAUAAUUAUUAUCUUAUUGGAUCUUGUUUGUACAAUACACAGCAGUAUUGUUUAGUAGUGUAGGUAUAGUACUUAGUACAUUAUAAAACAAAGUGUGUCAGUCGGAUUUUCAUGCGGUAUAUUCUAAAAGACCGCGCGAUUCACAGCAAUAUGUAUCAACACUCCGAAAUAUUGAAAUAUACUAUUUUGUAUAACACUAUGUUAAAAAAAACCUGUACGAUAUUUACACAUAUAUGAAGUUGAAUGCGGAGACACUACUAAAAAUAAAAUCAAAAAUCAAAACCCCUUAGAUUAAAUGCUACAAUAAAAAGAACAUUUCAUAUUAAAUAUUUCAAAAAUCUUCAGAACUCCUGACUUAUAUAUCCUACCAGUAAACUAAGGUAUUUCCCAUUGCCCUGGCCUCAGUCCAAUUGCGUAUAGCAACUGUGCGGCACGGCAGGUCAAACGAAUAUAGCGGCCGAUGGUUAUUAUUAAUACAAAACUUUCGUUUUUGCCGUCGCCCGCGCGCCCUCGCAGGGUACAUAAAUGAAAUAAAUGUGUGGGCGGGGAAAAGUGUCUAAACGUUUAUAAUUGAGUACGUUAAUAUUUUUUUAACUUUUUUUUAAUGUGCAGGAAAUAAUCCUGAAAAUCAAUAUUUAUUUGUUCUCACUACUUAAUAUACGCCUACCAAUAUACGCCUCAAGAUAGAGACUCAUAGAUAGAGAUUUUUUUAAACAAAAAUUUUUAACAUCCUGUAUAAUUCAAGCAUUUAACGUUCAUUGACACAGUGCUGCUACGACAUAUCUUAUAAUAAGUUUCGCAUUUAAUAUUGUAUUUGUUUUAAAUUACAUAUCACUCUAUUUUCAUAGUAGGUAUGUACGUUAGUUCGUCUUGGCCGUUACAGUGAUAGAAAUUAUCGUAAGAACACGUGAGAACAAAGUCUAUGGUUAUGUGUGACUAUGGUGAAAUCGCAUCUGGUUUGAAUGGUAAUGAGAAUUAGAAUAAAAUAUAAAUUUGUCUCUCCAACUCUGCCACUGAGCCAACCGUUCAAGUGACGUAACACAAGUUGUUUAUCGUCACUUUUUGUUCACUUAAUUGUUAUACUCUCUUUGAUCUCGAAUGAAUUUUGAAUUAUUUGAACAAGCCAAGCGCCACAGAGGUUCAAAGCAGUGAAUUUUCUUUAACAAUAAUUGUUUUUUCGAAAUUAUGUUUACUUGAAUAUCAAUUGUAUUAGUAAUAGUCGUGAACCCUUUAUUUAUAUAUGUAUCGAAAUUGAAAACGAAAUUAUUAACAACUUUGCAGCUUUUAGAUGAUUUUAUUUAUUUAAAUGAUAAGAAUUCAUAAUAGAGUUGGAAGUUUCAACGAAACGGCACAUUGCUUAUAAGUAACCGGGCAAACACCAAAAUACAUGUAUGUAACUGUGUUUCUAUAGUACUUAAAGUAUUUUAUAAAAAUACUUAUUUAAGCGGGUGGUACAGGCAUUAGUCUCUGAGGAAAAUUAGCGAGGCGAGUGUAAGAAAACCUUUCGAUGGCUUUCGACCGCCGUUUUUCUUUAUGUUAAUACUGUUAGUGAAUUAAUUAAUUAGAAAAUAAAAAAGUCACCCUCUAGAAUAAUUAUUAGAGAGCGUACUAUAUGCCGUAAGUGGUAUAUUAAAGUUAUAUAGUACAUUGUGAUACAAGGUUUGAAAGCAAGCCCAUACGUAGGUAUUAGACGUUUUUCAAUGCAGUUUAGACUUUAAUUUUUUAUAAUUGUAGGUUAUUAUUUUUAAUCGAUACUUAUAAGUACUUAAUAUAAUAUUUUUAAAGAGGUGAUAACAAUAAAAUGAGUUUUUUAUAUGACCAUAAGAGACGCGACGAACAGGAUGAAGCUAAUUGAUACGCCCUACCCAUUACAAUGCAGUGCCACUCAGCAUUCUUGAAAACCCAAAAAAUUCUGAGCGGUACUACAAAUGCGCUCGUCUGCUUAAGACAUAAAAUGUUAAGUCUCAGUUGCCUACUAAUUUCACUAGCUACGGCGCCCUUCAGACCGAAACACAAUAAUGCUUACACACUACUGCUUCACGGCAUAAAUAGGCGCCGCUGUGGUACACAUAAUCUAGCCGGCAUCCUGUGCAAAGGAGCCUCCCAGUGGUACCUAAGGCGUGGCGCUAUAAUGGUGACAUUAAAUGAACACAAAAAAUAAUUUUAAAAUUUUAAAGUAAAUAAUUGAAAUUUUCAAACAAUCAAAUUACAUAUUCAUUAAACAAAAUUUUAAUCAACUUUACGUGGUCGCACAAUACGGCACGAAGUUGGUGUCCAUGCCUAGCACGCGGCUACCAGGUUGUUCCAAAAUGUUAUUAUGGAAAAUUUAUUAAUUUAGGUGAAUUUUGUAUUUGAUUUCUUAAUAUUUUUAUGAUAACGGCUAAGUAGUUCUAUCCGUGUGUUUAUUUAAUGUCGUCAUUGUAACGCCACGCUGUCUAUGAUCUAUAGACAACUCGCGUCCAUACAAAUUUAUUUAUUUAUUUGACACACUGUUACGCAAAUUAUCAUUUUUUUAUGGAAUAGGAGGACAAACGAGCGUACGGGUCACCUGGUGUUAAGUGAUCACCGCCGCCCACACUCUCUUGCAACACCAGAGGAAUCACAUGAGCGUUGCCGGCCUUUAAGGAAGGUGUACGCGCUUUUCUUGAAGGCCCAAACUAGGCAUAGCCUGUACUAUAGGUACAAGACAACGGUAUAUUUAAUGCAAUAUACUUACUUAAACAUACAUAAAUACAAAUAAACAUCCAUUACUCGGAAACAAACAUUCAUAUUCAUCAUAUAAAUGAUUGCACCUACCGGGGUUCGAACCCGGGACGUCUAUCUAGCUCAGUGGGCAGGGUCACUAAGCACUGGGCUGUAGGAGUCGUCAAAUACAAAUAGUACUGGAGAUAGAAAGUUCGCAGCAUUUCUAUGAUUCUCGCGUUUAAAUUCAUAAAAUUCCAUAAACAGCCUUCGAAUAAUUAAUUACUUGUUGAAAUAAAAAAAAAAAAAAAUUAAGUUUUUUUAUUUUUUUUUACUUUACUUUACUGUCUGCUUUAAUUCAAAUAUAAUUAUAAAUACUGAUCUCAUUUUAAUGUAUUCAUGACGCAAAAUAUAUCUCUCGUGUUUCAAAACAUUAUAUAACAUUAAAUAUUACUUUUUUUUUGCAUGUAAAGUUGUAUUAAGCAUUUGUGUUAACCGUGUGUAUGUCAGAUUUGUAUCUAUAAAAUAGUAUCUACUCCUUACAAAAAUCCUUCAUUAAUAUAAUUUUAUCUGCGGCUAGCUAAGUAGACAACUAAUUUGUAAUUGUUAACGUUUGAUUAUUAUUUAUUAUUUGCGGUUAAUUGAUUUCUAUAAUACUUUGUUUAAAAUAAGAUCUAUGUUGUAAUAGCUGUAAUUGAAAAUAAUUAUUGUUUUCUUUUUAAAUAUUUGUGUAAUUUAAUUUAAAGCGCCUUCACACACAGAUAAGCUUCUUAAAGUUUAUGUGUUUGUUAUUAUGUUUAAAGCUAUUAACUUCAUUGUAUUUUAAAUAAAUAUUUAAAUUAUGUACUCUUUCAUACCAUGUAACAAUUUGUAUAGUUGAAUAAUUGUUAGUAAACAUUUUAUAUGAGAGAUUGUGUAGCGGUAUUGUAAGUAGCUAUAAUUUUAUUUCACUUUAAAUCCCUAGACCCACUUACCUCUACAGUAUAUACCACUGGACUGGCGGCUGUCAAAGUUCUUUUGUGACUGUUUGAUUUUCGCCAUUUUGUCGCUGUUGGUCAUGUAGCAAGAGUCUGCGGUGCUAAAACUUGUGAUGAUAACAUCAGCAAACAUCGAUGGAUGGUGGAUAACUAUUUACAAAAAAAAUGUUUACUUUAAUACGUUGAUUCUUGAAGUAUAAAUAACACGAAAAACGAGCGAAAUUAAUUGAAACUGCAAAAAUAUUUCAAAGUAUUUCUUAUAAUAUUCCUUCGCAGUAAUUUGUAUUAUACGUCAAAUUAGUUCUCUGGACGUUCGCGAGUGGCGCUUCAAACAGGCACAAAAAAUUUGCUGUCAUACAUAUGGAACAGCCUGUCCAGUGGUAUUUAUACAGGGCAGUGCCUAGACCUUAGGUCUACAUAAACAUUUCAUAAUAAUUAUAGCACUAUUAUACAAAUUAUUUAGCCUUAAACUUGAUGUAGCUCGCAAACCAUGGAUGCCGCACAACGAUCUGUUUAAUACAAUACAUCACAUUAGCUGCUGAAAUACAAGACUUAUGUGUUUUUAAAUACAAUACAACUGUGCUGUUUGCACGCCUAGAGUGAUUGCCGCCGCGCGGCUUAGCUAGGGCACCAUCUAGGGCUAGCGGUAAAAGUGUUCACACCCAUGAUUGUUGCACCAAACAUUAUUUCAUCAUACAAAUGUGGUUCUACCGCAGAAGCUCUACUUUAGUAAUCGUGUCACUAAGCACUGGGCAAAGUGGUCGUUAUGUAAUAUUCUGAUGAAGAUAUCGUUGGAAACAUUCUCCAAUUAAUGGAAAUAGUGGCACUUUUUUGUUGUUUUUAUGGGAAUUUUAGGGAUUGCAUUAUAAUAAAUUAUGUGCACUAUGAAA